UCAUUUGUCAGGUUUCGGCGCCACAGGUAUAUUGGCUCCGCAGCUAACGACCUGGGGGCUCCAUAUCCAUCCAUCAUCUAUCAGCAAAGCACACUCCAGGCGGAAAAAGGAAGCAACAAGCAGCGAUGGCGGCCUCCAUGAUCUCGUCGUCAGCUCUGGUGGCGCCGCCGUCCAGGGCGCAGGGCCUGCCGUCCCUCGGCCGCCGCGCCUCCUCCUUCGCCGUCGUCUGCGGCACCGGCAAGAAGAUCAAGACCGACAAGCCCUUCGGGAUUGGAGGUGGCCUGACCGUCGAUAAGGAUGCCUCCGGGAGGAAGGUCAAGGGCAAGGGCGUGUACCAGUUCGUCGACAAGUACGGCGCUAACGUCGACGGAUACAGCCCAAUCUACAACGAGAAUGAGUGGUCUCCCAGCGGCAACGUCUACGUCGGUGGAACGACUGGGCUUCUGAUCUGGGCCAUCACCCUCGCUGGGCUCCUCGGCGGCGGCGCCCUCCUCGUCUACAACACCAGCGCCCUCUCCGGCUAAGGAUACUCAUUUCCAAUCGUGAUCCAUGCGCUUCUUCUUGAUGCGGUUCAUCAUGUAAAAUCAUGCCAGCAGGGUGUCUGUCUGUAAUCUAGCCUCCUUCGAUGCCCACUGUAAUGCAAGCUUCAUCAUGUAACAAUGCUACUCUCUACUACUACGACGUACUCUUCAUACUUAAUUUUGGGACAACGACUAUCAUUAUAUUAUUAA